AUGGCCGCCGCAAACCUCAGACAGCCGUUCGUCUGUCUGCGCCGCCUCCCAAAGACCAAACGCACAUACUCUACAGCGACAGCAUCAUCACCACUCCCACCGUCGCCUCCACCCUCUGGCGCAGCAAAAUUGUCCACUCGCCGCUUGAUCUCCCUCCACGGCCCCGAUGCGCCCAAGUUCCUCCAGGGCAUCCUGACAUAUAACGUCAACCCUGUCUCGCAUGCACCCUUCUUCGCCGCCUUCCUGACUGCCCAAGGAAAAGUGCUGCACGAUGUAUUCGUGUAUCCCACUCUGGGCUCCAAUUUCCACGCCGAAAACAACAAGAGCGAGGAUCCUGGAUAUUUGGUCGAGGUGGAUGAGCAACAAACAAGCAACCUACUCAAGCAUUUGAAACGGCAUAAAUUACGGAGUAAAUUCACCUUGAGGGUGUUGGACGCGGGCGAACUGGACAUCUGGGCAGCCUGGAGGGAAGACCAGAAGUGGACCCCACACUCCAACAUCAGCGGCGAAGGCUGCAAUAUAGAUACAGAAGGCAACAUCACAAUGGUAGACACACGCGCAACAGGACUGGGUCAAAGAAUCUUGCUACCCUCAACAACACCACUGGAAACCCAUGCUUGCAUGCAAGGACUAAGCGAUGCAGGACUCGACGCCUACACGAUACGCAGAUACAUGCGCGGCGUCCCCGAAGGCCAAGACGAAAUCCCGCGCGACGAUGUCCUACCCAUGAAUAGCAACUUUGACAUUAUGGGCGGUAUAGAUUUCAAAAAGGGCUGUUAUGUGGGGCAAGAACUUACCAUUCGCACUCAUCACACUGAGAAGAUUGUUUACGAUGCAGAGACGGCAUUUACAUCCCCAGCACGCAAUACAGAGAUCAAAAUCCAAGGCAAGAGAGGUAAACCCGGCAAAUGGAUCAAUGGCAUCGGAAAUGUUGGCUUGGCCAUGUGUAGGUUGGAAUUGAUGACUGAUUUGCAAGUCACCGGCGAGCCCAGCACUUUCAGCCCCGAGGAUAGAUUUGUCGUCAAGAGUGCUGGUGCAGAAGAAGAGGCACAAACAUUGGGUGUCAAGGCUUUCGUGCCCGAUUGGAUGAAGAGCAAGAUCAGAGCGCCAAAACUGCAGAGGAGAGUCGAGUAA